AUGGACAGAUCGUUGCAAGUUGAUACUCGGCAGGGCGCGCAGAGCCCGGGACAUAUAUAUCGACGCGACGAUACUUCGACUACCGAUGUGCCGAGCAAGUUGGAUUAUUAUAACGGGCGACCUGCAGGAACACGACCCCUAUCUCUAGAUGCGGCUUCUAGUAUACUUCCGCAUUCGAACAGAGUUGCUGUUGACGCUCGAGCAUGGCUACACAGGUCACCAGCGGUACCUCUGAAGGGAGGUACGCGAUCGCAGGACAAUUUACGCGUCAGACACGAGAUAGACACAUAUUCAAAGGACGCAAGUGGCCCAAAGGUGAACGAGCAAAGUGACAUACCGAGACAGGACGAAUUUCAUUACACGAGGCCUUUGAUGAAUGCCCAGCACAUGCCGAGACUCGAGGACACUGGACGUCGCCGCUCCCACAGCACAGGUCUCGGAUCGCGCGGCUCCAAAAUCGCUGCGCUAUCUGUCCAGUUACGCACGCGCUUAUCCUAUGCCGCUGCUAGGAUUGAGAAGAAGCGGCAAUCGCAGUCACCAUAUCAGUCGCCGACAGGCUUGCUGCAUAGAAACAGCUCGACACCGAUCCUUAGCGUUGAGACAUUGUCUCAAUCAGGGCAAUCGUUGAUUGGUGACUUCAGAGACCAACUUGAGGAUUCACCAGAUGGAACUACUGUAUCCGCGCCGGAUGCUCCUGCCGCAUCCAGUUUCUAUCGUCUUGAUGCCCCCAUACGACAGGCCCUGAACAUAACGAGUGAUAUAUACCCACAACCGCAACAAGAUCCGCAAAAGUCUGUCGAACGCUCUUCAGAGCGGCAGCCUCCACCGAAGCUAGCUCCACCUCCGGAUAUAGACUCAGGUCGUGUAAACGGCCAACGACGACGUCCAAACUCGAAUAUUCCCGGUAACUCCUUGCGAUACGCGCCAUUUCCCCUGCAUAAGCGCAGCCGGUCACAGCAAGAGUUUCUGAUAGGCUCAGAAGUCACACGCGUGCCUGAAACACCGCCGCUUCGACCCUCGGGGUACAAUAGUGUAGGGCCGUUCAGCGGAUUGUCGGAGAACUUGCAAAGUUCCUCAAUGGAACAAGAUGCUAUUGAGACCCUACUUUUCAUGUCUAGUCCGGGAACUUCGGGGUACUAUUCGAACUCGCAAAACUCCCAGCGCAACCAGGACGUCAAGAAUGUUGAUGAUAGUGCUUCGCAAGGUGUUCGGUGGCACGAAUCAGUUGUCGACAAUCAAUCCAGCAGCAGACAGCCUGCGGUCUCCCACAACAAGGAGACCCGCGCGGGGGAUGAGAUUGAUUUGAUCCUCGAUCAAAUGGACAGUGAUAGUGAAGACGAUGCUAAUUACACUUCAAGUCGUCGGACUAGAGUCGAGGCUCGUCCUAGCACGAUUGGUGGGGUGGGAAGUGCGCGACGCGAUACAUAG